ACUGUUAAUCGUCUUGCAUUUUACAGGCUGGUCAUCACUAUGUUUUUGAAUUCCUUCAUUAUUCUGCUUUCGUUGAUGGUUAUACCUCAAACCAUAAUGGGUAUAAUCAACCUCGAUUCAGGCGCAACAACACCGAAAAAUGGUCCAGCAGAAUUAGCUAGAAGUGUAGUGCAAUUAUCGACUACCUGUUCGGCGGUGGUGGAUUUGCAGACAAAGCUCAUACUUUCUAAGGCAUCUAGUUUGUAUCCAGAAUUAGAAAAAUUCUUAUCGACUGUAGCUGCAAAGGGGAAAAAGGAGUUGGAUCGUACGUGUACCAAUUCACGUGGGGAUUUCAUGGAGUACCAAAAUACCGAAGUGAACAGACAAAAAAAUCUGGCAGGAAAUUAUCAGGUGGCCAUAGAAAAAAUUAAACUCUGA